CUCUUGCUCCUCAUCAUAAUCAUUAUCAUCCCGAGGUUGGAUUUGGAGGUGAGAGGAAAACAGCGAAUCGGACAGGGGUUUCGGAAGCCGGCGUCUGAUUGUUUCGCGAAAUCGCCGUUUGUUCGCCGGUGAUUGAAGCCAUGAAGAGUCGAAUGUUGCGUUCCCUUAGCACGAUCUGAAGAUUUUAUUGCAAUCAGAUCUUUCUCGCGCCGUCUGCUCUGUUGUUUGAUAGUUUGGGAGUUCCGUCAUAUCAUCGAUCGGAGGCGAUUAUAUUCAAGGCUCAGAGAGAACAGGUUGCUGAAGUGUGGCCUCUUUGGGUUGUGAUUCAAAAGCUGGAUCGCAAUUUGUUCUAUUAAUGAUAUAAACGGGUACUGAUGCGGGUUUUAAAUAAAUGACUCGCUUCUGUACUUGCACAGCGUUAGCAUCUUCUGUGGACUUGAGUGAAAAAAGAAAGCAAUUUCAUAAGAUUACUUGCAAGACUUGUGGAAGACCUUUAGUGUAUGAAAUAGGGCCUCCAUCUGCAAGCAUGCUUAGCACAGUCAAUCCAAAAAGUACAAAUCUUAUCAAUCCAGAGUUGACUUGGAAGACAGUGCCCAAAGGUUUUAGGAGUGAGCGUUCUAGGAAACAAGCCUGGAGCUUGAAUGUGGACGUGCAACACGAUUGUAAGAGCACGAAAAGGGAUGAGUUGUCAGUUUCGGAGUCAGAGAAGCUUGGUGUAGAUGUUCUUGGCCGGCAUUUCUCUGAUGAAAUUAAACACGUACCAUAUAAGAAAAGGAGAUUUAUGCUCCAAUCUCCAUCACCACCAUCGCGGAGUCCUUCACCACAUUGUGAACAGUCUAUAUCAUCUGGGCCUCAGACCUCUUCUCCACAACCUGAAGAUUUUGAUUGGACUGCAGAUAGUAAAUGUGCUUCAAGUCAACAGUUCUUGUCAAGUUCAAUAUUCAACCGGGAACCGGGGUCAUUUGAUGGUUCAAUAGCAGUAAAGUCCUGUCAACGUUCUGAGAAUACUUUGGCUAAUGGAGCACCAUCUGAUGUGACAGAUACAAAGCUUUGUUACAUCGAUGACUUUUCAGGCAUUGCACUGCUUGCCACUGCUGCUUGCAAUAACAGCAUUAUUGAUGACUCACAGAAUCCUAAGGACAAUCAGCCAGUAUGUGAGGUAUUGACAUCGGUAGGCAUUGACAUUUCUGAACGUGCUACACCUUUAGAAAGAUCUAUGACAUCCUCAGAAAAAGGCAAUUUGUUUCUGAAAAACCUGGCGCAUGAAGAUAAUGUGGAUGGUUCGAUGCUUCAGAAUAGUUCUGUAGCUGUGCCACAAAAUUUUCAUGGUAUGAUAGAUUGCGAGACUGGGAAGAGGUCUGCUUCUAUUAAAGAUGAAAGGUUACACUGGGACCUGAAUACUGUGAUGGAAGCAUGGGAGCUACCCCAUGAUAAUCAAAACACGUGCUCUACAAGAAAUGAUUUGGAACAUAUCUCUGAUGAUGAUGUACACUGUGUGAAGUCAGAAAAAUCAGAAGGUUGUGCCAGACGGGUGGGCCCUGACAAUGCUCCUGAACUGUCAACAAUUUCUACAGAAGCUACCAAGGUUUCUACACAGGUUUUUGUCAAUGAUAAAACCCUUGAUUUUUCUCCUUGCCCUGUAUCAAAUCCCAUCUCAAACAGUCCUCUUUCAAGAGAAAAUAUAGAUGCAUCUUCCAAAAAUGUCGUCUCACAGACCAGAGAAGAUUGUUCUGGAACUUCUUCCAUGCAACAGCUAAUCCAAACUGCUACCUGCACAGAAGACGCUCAUUUUGGAAAGCAUGAUGUUCUCCUCGAUCUGGAAAUUACAGAGAAGGUUGACAGCAUACAACAAAACACAGAUUCUAAGGAAGCAUUUGAUUUAAUUGAUAAUGGGACCUCUUCAACAGAAUUGGCUAGUAGUAUCACCAAUGUUGAGUACUCUGUAUGCAAAUUGGGGAAAGGACAUCCUUCCUACCCUUCACCUGAGUGUGAAAAUAUUGAUAUGUUAGAUGCCAAUUUGGGACUCCAACCUGCUGUAGCUGUUGAUGUGGAGAGGAAACAGCACAAGGUAGUGCCUGGAGCACAUGCUACUCCAAGGGAAUCAUCGUUGCAUGUUGAUCUCAAUGAUCCUGAGUCUUUCCCAAGCUUGGGUAAGGUUGGUGUAGAAGUUCAUAGUGAUGAUGGAUAUGAUUCUGAUGUUUCUCCUGGUGAUCAUGGUGGUACAAUUGGUGCUAAAAAAAUGACUGGAAGUAAGGCUGGUUAUGAAUCUCCAUUUGAGGAUGGAGAAUUGAGGGAGUCAGGUUUACAUUCAUGGGAGGAGAAUGAAGUUGAAGGUGAAAUUGAACGUGUGGACUAUGAUUCUGAUAAUAGAGAUGAAGAUGACCUUGACGUUGCCCCCCAGUGUAUGCCAGAUUUUGGUUCUGAGAGUUGCGAAAAUGACAAUAAUGGAAGUUUGGCAGAAACUGUCGUGCAUAGUGGAAGACCUAAUGCUUUGAAGGAGUCAAGCCCGUCAGUGAGCUUAAACAAAAUUUCAGAGCAAGGUAAAUUGCCUGAAGGUUGUGAAUGUUCUACCAAUAGGGCAGGUGAAACUAACAACAAAGUCCUUGUUUCCAAUUCAAUGCGUGGACUUGAUAUUGAAGGCUCUUCUACUGGAGAGGUCAGAUCAAGGGAAACUGGUGAGAAAUUGUCAUCACGCAUUGAAGGACCAUCCGUUUCUGAUGGCUUGCAGAGGAAGAACAGGGGCAGUUAUGACUCAUACUUUCAAGCUAGAAAGGUGUCUCCUUCAGCAAAGUAUUUGGGCAGGGACAGACCUGCUCGGCCAAUGCAAAAUGAAAGCCAAGGGGAUGAUCAGUGGAUUGAUUCUCCAACAGGCUAUGGGGAUUCAAGAAACAAUUACCAACAUGGUCAUUCACAGGGUACUGGGCGCUUCAGGCCAACAAGAAAUAGUGCAAGUUCUGCAAUGAGGAUUGAUGGAUUUGCCUACUGUCACAGGAGAUCCAUAAAUCAUUCCUUGAAAGGUGAUUUUCGACCUGCCAUUAGAAGGAUAUCUGGCGAUGGUGAUGCUUACAAUGUCAGGGAUACCACAUCAGCAACAGAUAAUAGCCGCAUUAGGAGAAGAGACAGGUAUGAAAUAUAUCAACAAGGAGUAAACAGAGGCCCCAGGGUGGAGUACCGUGGGCCCAUGUUUGAUGAUCCUGCCUCAUCUUCUGUUCAUCUGUCACAUGAUUUAGCAAGAAGAGAACGCAGUGUUUCUCCAGUCCUUAGUAGAGGUGCUAGUUUUUCCCAGUACCGCUGGAAGUCACGAUCACGAUCAAGAACUAGGUCUCCCUUAGCUUGGCAUAUUCAGAGGGAAAGGAACAUGGGGGCCAGACGCCUCAGUCGAUCUCCAGAUUUCAGGUCUGAUGCCAGGAUGCAGAGAACAAGAAUGCCCUUCCAGAACUCUGAUUUUGCUGAAGAUGGUGAAGAUGUCUUCAUGUCCCCAUCAAGAAUUCACUACUCCCCACAACGUCAUUCCAGAUGGAUUGAUCGGAAUUACAUCGGUCCUCGGUUCAGGCAAAGAAAAUCACCUGGAAGAUUCCUUUGGCGUAACCCAAGGUUCGGUUCAGGAGGUGGUUCUGGAAGAAUGAUGCCAGAUGAUCGUCCUAGAUCUACAACACGGCCUGGAAGGUUUACUGAGCUGUCUGCUGGCACUGGCAGGGCACACAAAUACAAUGGCAAUGACUAUGAGAGAACAAAGUACAGUGACAAAUAUGAGAUGAUUCAUCAAGUGAAACGCAGUGACACUGGUGGCACACUAAAGCGAUUUCGGUAUGAUCCAGAAGAUUGCUUUGAGGUGCAUAACUCCCGUAAUGACAGAAGGGACAUUCCUAGAAGUGCCAGGGAAUAGAAAGGUCCCUUCAGAUAUACCGGAGACACAAAUUACCAGGAAGUUGACAUUAUGAUGAGGUUGAAUCACCCAGUAGAGGAUGACCGUGAUGGCCUUUGGAGUCACAUGUCUUUUACUACCUCAUGGGUAGUUUUGAAAGUAAUAGAUAGAAGAUAAGAGAUUUUACCAAUGAUCAGCUUAUAUCUUUCCUUUUCAGGGAGAAAUAUUUUUAAUUUCUAGCCAAACUAUUUCUAGUUGCUACUGUGCCUAGAAAUUAUUUAACCCUUUUCUUUUAGGGAUUCUAAUAGGCCGGAUGUAGCUCUUCCUAUCAUUAUCUUGGAUUCCCCCUUUCCUUAAGAGGAAUUUUUACCUGGAGAACGCUUCUUUUGUUACUGUAUAUAAGUUCAUUUAGACAAUGAAUCAUAAAAAUUAGAGCUUGUUAUGCUUUCCUUCAAUGGGAAGGUGUGUUGUUCCUUUUA